AUGCAGGCCCACCCUCAAUACGCACGUUUGAAUGCAUAUCACGGCGCAAAACGACAUCUUCUGGGCAACCAGGCUGGGAAUGCCCCUCCCGCCUGGCGUGAUGCUGUACAGGGGAAGAAAACCCAUGGUGCUGCCAACGCGUUGGACAAGGGAAGCAAGAUUUUGCUUAGCAAACUGCCUCUAGAUGUAGGGGAGAAUGAGGUUGAGAUCCUGUUCGCCAAGACUGUAGGACCAGUGAAAGACGCGUUUAUCGUGUAUAACUCCCAGGGAAAGUCGAAGGGCAUGGCUAUCGUCUCUUUCCAGCGUGCAUCAGACGCUGUCGUCGCACGGGCGAAGUAUAAUGGGAAGAUCGUGGAUGGUCGUCGGCCCAUCAAAAUCGAAAUCAUCCACGACGAUGAAGAAGCGUCGCAAGCACCACCAAAGCCUCUCUCCCUUCUUGAUCGAAUUGGAAAACCUGUAACAACAGCACCAGCAGCGCCUGCGCCUACACGACCCGUGGCGACCCCUAAACCUAUACCUGUGGCCCAACCACGGAAGCAGCAGCCUGUAAAGGUGCAAGCACCAACGCCCCGUCCGCUAGUUAUCACUGCGAAAGCACGGUUACGCCAAAAGAAGGGACCUAAACGCAUAAAGAAGAAAGCAGUGUCUGCCGCUGAGCUGGACCAGGAGAUGGAAGACUAUCGGGCAAGCGCGGAUAUCUGA